AUGGAGCCCUCCGCGACGCUGUCUGUCACGGGCAUACGGGCCUGGUCGGCCCAGUAUAGCACCCGAACCGCCUUCCACGGGAACUUGAGCAACGAGACCGAGUCAGAAGAGAUGAUGGAGGACGAUUAUCCAUUUCCUUGCGUCCUCGGGAAGUUCAACGACACCGCCUGCUCCGAAGCCUUGGGUUGCUCCUGGGGCACAGUCGUGACAGGCAAAGCUACGGAUGAGAACUUGAUUGAUGGCCUGCAGACCUACAACUCCUGGGAGGAAUGCCAGCAGCGCUGCUGCCAGGAUCAGGACUGCAGGGCAGCUUCUUACGACAGCGAAACGAAGAUUUGCAAGAAACACAUCGAGUACCAGGACCACACACUGACGGACUCGAGCACCGGCCUCUACGCGCCCAUCGCCUCCCGCGCCCCCCCGAUGGACGGGUACGCGCUCUUCAAGGGCCAGCUGGAGUGGCAGGGCCUGCAGGUCGCAGCGUUCCCUGGGCGUGCGGGGGACACUGACAACUGCUACACCACCGUGAUCGGCGGCCUUUGCGACUCGGAGGGGGAUAGCCAGAUCCUGAUCGGCGUCUACUCCGCCAGGGGGAAGUACACGGUAAAGAACGCAACGACCCUGGACGGCUCCCCGGGGGCGAAGCGGAAGAUAGACAAAGAAGACCUGUCCCUGGACGCCAUCCGAGCAGCCAUCAAAGAGGAACUGAGAUCCGAACGGCGGGAGCUCAAAAUGGAAAUCCUUGGGGAAGUUCGCUCAGAAGUACGAAGCCAAAUGGGGGACACUGCCCGCAUCCUCCAAGAACUCCAAGCUCUCCACGCGGCGCAGUCCCAGACCAUCCACCGCAUUGACCAGGCCCAACAGCAGCAGCAAACCGCCACGGACGAGAUCUCUCAAGAACAAGAACGACUCAAGGAAAGGCUUACCCUUCUUGAAGGGAAGUUCGGGCAACUGAAUGGGGGCACCCUGGGAGGAGGAACAUCGGGAUCGUCCUCGGGGGAAGAAGAACGCCGCCAACCUGCGCUCAUCAUGGGGGGAUGGCCCGAAGACACACCAGCCUCAGAGACCCUCCACAACGCGCAGAACACAGCCAGUCAACUCAGGCUCGACAUUGACAUGGGGGGGGCGUUCGUCCCCGGAAUUCGACGGGGGUAUGCCAUCAUCCCGAUACGCCCCAAGGACGACGAGAGUGAAGAACAACACCGUCAGCGCAUCCAGAAUGCCCUCCAGAAAGUCCGCAACGCCAACCUCAUUCUGGGGGCAAAAGCAGACGGGGGACACCAAAAGCUCUGGCUGGCCCUAAGUCAAAGCCCACAACGCCGAGCCAAAGCUAAACUCGCAGGAAAAGCCAAACGACUUGCACUGGAACAUGGAGGAGAUCCCCGGCGAGUGGAAGCAGAGUUUGCAACGGGCACAGUGUGGCUCAAUGGGGUCAAAAUUGCCUCAGCCACCGCCUCAGCCCCUCCCAACACCACGACCGCGGGGGCAGGCUGGAUCCAUCUCCAAGAAGUAGCACGACUCCUCCGCGAAGAACCCGCCACGGUGCAGAGCACCUGGGAGAGGAUCCGCCAAGGCCUAUGA